AUUUAAUGGAAAAGGAAAUCAAUAAGUUAAAGGCAACCCCCCUUAGGAAGGAUGAAGAGGAGGAAGACGCUUAUUGAGACUUCUUUAAGGUUGUGCUAGUUGGAGAUGGGAAUGUUGGAAAGUCAUCUAUUUUGAGAAGUAUCACAGGACUUCCGUUUAUUGAAAAUUAUGAUACUACUAUCGGAAUGGACUUUGGGGUUUUUUGAAUGAAAAUUGAUGAUUCUGUGAUUAAAUUACAGAUAUGGGAUACAGCUGGGCAAGAAACGUUUAGAACUAUCACAAGAGUAUCUUAUAGAGCAGCUAAAUGAGUAGUUCUAGUAUAUGAUAAAACUUCUCAAGAAUCUUUUGAUGGAUUAAGCUCUUGGAUGGAAGAAAUACACUCAAAUAAGCCUGAGAAGUGUCAUGUAUAUCUAGCAUCAAGUAAGAGUGAUAAAGAAGUUGAGUCUGAAGUAGAAAAAGAGGAAGGAGCUCAAUUUGCUAAAACCAAUUGUCAAUAUUUUGCAGAGACAAGCUCUAAAACAGGAAAGGGAAUUCAAGAGCUCUUUCUCAGAAUUGGAAAGCACCUAUACCUUGAUAAAAAGAAACUAAGCAAAGAAGAGCUAUCUCAAAUAGAAGACUUAAAAUCAUCCUCAAUCCUUCUCAGAGAUUCAAUAUCAAUGAAAAGACCAUCUCCACCCACUAAAAAUGGGAGUAUCAAGAUCUCCAAACCCCCUGCUGCUAAGAAAAGUGGCUGCUGAUAACUCUCCUACUCCCUUACCCUCUUUUCCACCCAAUUCAAUC